GCCGAGAAGUGCAACAGUUAAAUUUGCAUAAGUAAACAUAGGUUUUCGUUCAGUUUAGUUUAAAAUUUUCUGUGAUUUUUUCCGUUUUAUUUGUGUUAAAUCGGUUGUACUAAUCCUAAGCAAUGAGUUGAUCUAUCAGUAUUUGUGAUAAAUUAUCUUUUAAUAUCGAAUAUUUAAUCAUUAAGAGUUAAGUGAUACAAUGCCAUACUUGAGAAAUGUUCCAUACAUAAAACAAAAAAGACGGAUCAUCUUGGCACAAUGAGAAACCAGGCACAUGUAAUUGAGUAGAAUUUAACAUCAACAUCUGCAACAUUUAAACACCAUAAACAUAUCUCGAAUAAGACUAAAUCAUCGUUAAAACUAGAACCAGACUGCCAUCUUAUGUAUACGAAAACAACAAUCGCGUAGAAGAUCAAACACACAUUCCUCCAAAAGCCACUCCUUUUUACACGAUGGCUUUGUCACCAGCAAACUCAACUCAAACUAGUGGUGCCUUAUCAAAAUGUUGUCGCCUAUGUCUAAUUAAGUGUGACGAGCUGCAUGCCCUUUUUGCACCAUCAUCAAAUGGAUCGAAUCUUGCCGAGCUUGUCCUUCAUUUGACCGGAAUCACCGCCAAUGAAUCGGACGGACUGCGGGGUAUUUGCGCAUUAUGCUACAAUCACAUCUACGAUUUCAUGAUUUUCCGCCGGAAAAGCCAACAAACGAACGCACAAAUUGCCAAAACCGUGGGCCAACCUCCGAUAGCUCCCGUUGCCAAAAGCUCCGAAGAAGCCAACAAUAAAUUUACCGAAACAAUACUGCGAGAUAUACCGACCCUGACCGAGGACCAGGAAGCGUUUAGUCCAUCGGAACAUGACCCACAAAACGAUAGCAACGAUGAGGAUUGGACACCGUCAGAAUCGGAUCAAGAGCAGCAGACGACCUUUGAGGAAAAGUUUAAAGUUCGGAAGCUAACCAAGCGUGACCUGAGACUUCCGAAAGCCUAUCAUGGCCUUUGCAAUAUAUGCGGGAAAGAAUACAAGCACCUGUGGAGACACCUGGAGUCGCACAACGCCGUUACGGUGGACCGCUGUAAGGUGUGCGCAAAGGAGUUCAAAUCGAAAACGGGUUUAAUGCUGCACGAGCUGAUGCAUCAGGAAGCGGAACAUAAAUGCGAUCGUUGCAACAAAAAGUAUAGGACAAAGAACCGCUUGAAACGCCACUACCGCGUCCACACCAACGAUCGGCCCUUCGACUGUGAUAAGUGCGACAAGAAGUUUUACACCAAGUACAACCUGGAGGUUCACAGCCGCAUCCACACUGGAAUCCGGCCUUAUGCUUGCCAGUAUUGCGGACUGCAGUUCACCCACAGCUACGCCGUCAAGAACCACAUGGUCCGCUUCCACCUGGAGAUACUGGCGCUGAAGUGACUCUCUUGCUAAGGACAAUGAAUGACGCACAUUUAAAAAACAAAACUCGUGAUUUUUUAAACAGUAGAUUUUAACUCAACACAUUUUAUUGUAUUUAUAUCGCAUUUCAUACAUUUUAUAAUAAUCCAGAUUUUAAAUCGCUUCAUCAGAAUAAAGCUUUUAAUCAGUUAACUCUA